AUGGCUGCACGAGCCUCCUCUAUCCUGCGCCGUUCCUUGCUAUAUGUUCCGGCAUCUUCUCAGAAGAUGCUCUCCAAGUCCCUGGGCUUGACGACAGACAAUGUCACGUAUGAUCUGGAGGACUCGGUGACCCCCUCCCACAAGAGUAACGCCCGCAAGCAGUUGAAGGAGCACAUCUCCGGCCUCAAGUCGCGCCCCUCGACCAUUUCAGAGCUUGCCGUUCGAAUCAAUGCCGUCUCAACUCCCUUUGCUCUUGAUGAUCUAACCACAUUGGCAUCCGCCGAGCACAUGGAUGCUGUUGUCGUGCCCAAAGUCAACUCAGCUGCCGACCUGACCUUUGUCACCGAUGUGCUGCGGCACGUCGCCCCAGAGCGUCACGAAGAUGGCUCAACGAAUCCAAUCAAGAUCAUAGCACUCAUCGAAUCCGCUCGGGCCGUCAUGGAUCUGUCUUCCAUCUGCAAGGCCUCCCCUUUCCUUAGCGGUUUGAUAUUCGCGGCUGAGGACUUUGCACUUGACCUUUCGAUUACCAGGACGCCUUCUCUGACGGAAUUUCUCUAUGCGAGGUCAGCCAUUGUCACUGCAGCUCGGGCACACAAUCUCCCUAGCGCCAUUGACCUGGUCUGUACUUCAUAUCGAGGCGAUGAUGGCCUCAGGAUAUUGGAAGAGGAAUGCAAGGGCGGAAAAGCCAUGGGCUUCAACGGCAAGCAGUGCAUACAUCCCGGGCAGCUAGAGACUGUCCAGCGCAUGUUUGCUCCUGACACGAAAGAUAUCGAGUGGGCUGUCCGCCUCACCAUCGCCGACGAAAAGGCCGCGGCUGCCGGACGUGGGGCGUGGACGCUUGAUGGGAAGAUGAUUGAUGCCCCAGUUGUAGGGAAAGCCCACUCAAUAAUAGCCAAAGCUGAGCAGUGUGGACUCCGAGUCCAAGACAUCAGAGAACAGUGGAAGGACCAAGAGCCGGAAUAG